UCUAUGUUAUUUCCAUAUCUUCUAUGGUUCUACCGAACAGAGGUUAACUUUUCAUUAGUCAAUUAAAAACAUGAAUUGUUUGAGGAUAUUCCAUAAUCUCCAACCUCUCCAAUUAAUAAAUAAAAUAAUCGUUCGGAAUUAUGCCAAAAAUGAGGGAUCAAGUGUUAGUAUGCUUGGGGGUGCAUUGAAAAAGAAAAAAAUUGGUAAAGUGGGCGCUGCUACUGAAAAAAAAAUAUUACCGGUUGAAACGGAUCCUCAAAAGCUUGUAGAAUACGUGAUGGGGUUGAAUAUAUACAAAACAGGGGAAGACGUUAAGUUGAAACCUGAUAAUGAGUAUCCCGAUUGGUUGUGGAACAUAAGGACAGGACCACCACCACCUUUGGAAGAGAUGGACCCUAAUACAAAACAAUAUUGGAGAAGAAUUAGGAAAAUGGGAAUGAAAAGAAAUAAUAAAUUGCACUCUCUGAGAAAAUUCUAAUGGUUUACAUAUAAAAUUGGUUCAAGAGUGUGUGCGAUAGUUUUUUAUGAAAUGGAAAUGUUUGUGUAAAUAUGGAAUAUUAAAAAAUAUCGAAUUA